CUGACCUGUCAGCCACCAGAGGGCGCCCCAGGACCGCGAGCAGAGUCGAGGAGGUCCGCGCAGUGGAAGCCAGCUUUGCCCCCAGACACACAAGGGAUCACGGCCGGGGCCCAUCCCCUAGCCUUGCUGGGGGCCUGCCCAGGGAGGAUGGGGCUUUCUGAGGUCCCUCAGGAAAUAAGGGGCCCCAGGUAAGUGGAACCCACAAGCCUUCCGGGCCUGAGACCCUGUGGGCCAGAUUCUGAAGGGGAGCGGCCGCGUGCGCCGGGUCAGACUACAGCCCCGGUAAGAUGUGGGGGGGGGGGUCUGCUGGGCCACUCCCCAACUCCGAAUGACCAACCUGGGCUCACGCCCAUCCUGCCAGCCUGGGGCCUGGGCCGGCUGGGGGUCCUGCCGGUGUCGGGGAAAUGGACAGUGAGGUGGUCUCCCCAGCUCCUCGAGCUCGUGGGGCACACGGUCUGCCCCUCACUUCCUCUGUCCCUGUCCUGCCCCUCUGUCUCUGCCUCCCGGGCACCCUGCCCCAGCCACCCCAGCCCCGUAUCGGGCCAUGCUCCUUUCCUGCCUACAACCUUCCAUGGCUCCUAUUGUUGAAAUAGAACCUUAACCCGCCCGUGGCCCCUGCCCUGCCCCUGCCCAUCCCCCGCCUCCCUCGUCUCCGCCUCCCCACCCCUGCCCAUCCCCCACCUGCCUCUCUCCAGCCAUCCGGACCCUGCUUUGCUCCCUGUCUCCCCCUCCCUUCUGCUGUCCCCCCACCUCUACCCGACCAGCACUGGGUCCUGCCCCGGGUCUCUCUCCCACAUUUCCCGGUGUUCUCCGGGGAGCCUGGCCCUCUGAAGUGACCUGUCACGUACUUGUUUGCCUCGGGUCUGCUUCCUGGUCAGACCUGUCAGCCGCUGAGUCCGCCACCGUCCCCACCCCGGGCUCAGAACCAAAGCCGUCGGGGAACAAAGGAAUGAGUGGGGGGCUCAGCGAGCCUGCGGGGCUGUGUCUGGGCGCGAGCCGCCGUGGGGCCAAGACAGGACAGCUGGCAGGUCUUAGUGCCUGGGACAGGCAGGGUGUGGCCAGGCUUGGCUCAGGCUGGGGUGCCUCCGGGCCCUGGGACCCACCAGCGCUGUGUCCCUCUGUGCGGGGAGGGCCGCCCCAGGGCCCUGGGACCCAUCCGAGUGGGCCUCCCUCACCCUCACCACAGUUGGCCCCGGACGGGAUUGGGUUCACACGACGCCUGCUUUUGGGGGAGAGACCAGGUCAGGGAGGGGACCAGUCCCCCAGGCCUCAGACCCCGCCCCAGAGCAGGCCGCCCCCAGGGACCCACAGAGGCACAGCCGCGGCCCAGGAGGGACGCAGGGGCGGAGGGUGUGGCCCUAGAGGGGCAGCCCUCCCCGGGGUGCUGGCUGCCACACUGGCUCUCGUCUGCGGGGAGACUCUCGGCCUCUGUACCACCUUUGCUCUGUGUCGUAGCACAAAAGCCACGACCCAGAGAGGGCCCCCCGGCCCUGGGUCUCCUCCUUCCCCAGGCCUCCCUUGGGUCUGCAUGAGGCCCCGACUCAGGGACCCUCAGACAGGAAGGGUCACUGCCCUGGCGCUCAUGAGGGAUGCCCCCUCCGGCUGCUCCCAGCAGGAGAGGGCAGGGCAGGCUCUGGGGGCCAGGACCCCUGACCGCAGCCUCUGGGCUGACCCGGGUGCCCACAGUGGAGGCCAAACGCCCAGUUUAAGGGCCACCCGUGUGGCGCAGCCCAGACUCGCACCCUGCCGUGAAGCAGAACCGGGUCUCUUCCCCCGGCUUUCUGGAGCGGCACGAAGGAGACACGCCCACCCGUCCCCUCCAAGGCGCUUGGCGGUCAAAGGCGGACCUGCAAAUAAAGGAGUGCCUCCCACAGCAGGCGGCCGUGCAGAGGGGCAGCUGGAGCUGCGGAAUGCGGCAUCGGGCCCGAGGACCACAGCCCCGCCAGUCCUCAGCUGCCCCCAUCCUUCCUCGUGGCCUCCAAGAAACCAGUCCCCCUCACCGGGCUCUGCGAGGGUUGUCACACACGGGCCUCUGUGGACUCCCCGCCUCUUGGCCCCGUGGUGCUCCCACCCACACACCACCCCGCACCCCUUCUGUCACCAAACACGUCAGCACUGUGCCGGGUGUGAGGCGAGACACAGACAAUGAACAAUGAGACACGUCGGAACUAAAGAAAAGAGAGAGGGGCUCUUGGGUGUCCAGCUCUCGAUUUCGGCUCGGGUCGCGAUCCCAGGGUUUUGUUGAGCAUGGAGUCUGGUUCGGACUCUGUCUCCCUCUGCCCCUCUCCCUGCUGGCCCGCUCUGUCUCUCUCAAACAUUAAAAUAAGAUAAGAUAAAAUAAGAUAAAAUAAAAUAAGAUAAAUGUAAAAGAAACACCGAAAAUAGCUGUGGAAAAAGUGAUUAUAGGAUUUAUUUGAGCAGGUCUGUCUAUGAAGGAUGACCCAUUGAGAAGGUAACAUUUUGCAAACGACUGAAGGAAGGGUGGUCCAUCUGCCUGUCAUUCAUUCGCUUACCCUCCCCCAUCCAUCCACCAGUACAUCUGUCCAUGCAUCUGUCCCACCACCCGUCUGUCUGUUCAUGCAUCCAUCUAACUGACCCAUCAACCCACCUGUCAUGACUCCUCCAUCCAUCCAUCCAUCCAUCCAUCCAUCCAUCCAUCCAUCCAUCCAUUUAUCCUUCUACCUACUCAUCCCUCUAUCUGUCCAUUCAUCCAUCCAUCCAUCUGU